UUUUAAUUUUAAUAGCUUUUGUUUACCUUCCUCUUCACUUCAUUCUCAACUUUUCUUCAUUUCUAACUUUGACCGGGCAUGAGAGCUUCUCUGGUUCCUAUCAUACUGGCUGCUGCCUCAUCAUCAGCUCUAGUUGCUGCUCACUCUGCUCAUCCUGGUGACCUUCAUGGUUGUCGGCCACUUCAAAAACGUCAAGCAAUUCCUGCCGGUGGUGGUGAGGGUGGAGCUUCUUCGGGACCUGCUAGUUCCCCUCAAUCGGCUGGUUACAGCUGCGAUGCUAAUUCUUGCAAGCUACCUAAAUGUCAAUGUGCCUCUAUCACGCCUCCUGGCGGUCUUAAACCAACUGAUGUACCUCAGUUCAUUGUUUUCACUGCGGAUGAUGCCGUUCAAUCAUAUACUAUCAAUGCUGUCAAUCAAUUCCUCGCCCAGCGGAAGAACCCCAAUGGAUGUCAACCCAAGAUGACCUACUUCGUGUCACUCAACUACACCAACUAUUCCAUGGUCACUGAUUGGUAUGUGGCCGGAAACGAGAUCGCUGAUCACACUAUGACUCACGUCGGUGACGCACCUGUCAACGAGAUUGAUGGAAACAUCAUCGCUCUCAACUCACUCUCCGGUAUUCCGAUCUCUGAAAUACAAGGAUUCCGAGCUCCAUACCUUAACUAUUCCGUCAAUACUAUGCAACAUCUAAAAGAUGCCGGUUUCACUUACGAUUCAUCCACCACAUCAGCCACCCCUGCCAACAUGUCCGGUACUGAUGCUUAUUGGCCUUACACGCUUGACAGUGGCUUUGCAAAUGAUUGCUUAUCCGUGCCAGGUCUCUGUCAGGGCAAAGUCAAACUUCCAGGGAUGUGGGAGAUUCCAAUGUACGGUAUCUUUGAUGAGAAGCAAGCAGCUGGUGUUCAUUUGAUGGACCCUUGGCUCGAUGACGCAAACCCAGAUAACGUUUUAAAUUGGAUGAAGUCUACCUUCUUGACUCAUUACAAUGGAAAUCGACAACCUUUUGGUCUAUACACUCACCCUAUCCAUCUUGCUAUGGGUUAUCCCGGUCUAGCUGAUCCUGUUGCAUUAGUCAAGAUGGUGAACGCAUUCUUAGAUUGGGCUCAACAAAUGCAAGGUGUUUGGAUCGUUAGCAAUGCACAAUUGCUUAGUUAUGUACAAAACCCCGUUCCUAUCAGCAACCUUAACAGCGUUGCUGCCCUAGGCUGUACCACGCCAUCAGUUUCUGACAAAAUCUGUAACGGAAUGGUACCCAACCAACUUGGUCUACUACAGAAUUGUCCCUUCAGCGACUUUCCUUUCACCACAUGUUACGGAUGUCCAGCGAGUCCACCAACACCUACAAACCCAUUACCACCACAAGCAGUCGCAUCCGGAGGAGCAAGACAUCGAUUACCUGCAAAUUGCUCAACUCCAUUCUGGGAUCCAAUUGGAAACAAAUGUCUUUGUACUUCCAGUAGUUGUCAAUUUAAUGAUCAGACUCGACCAAUCGGGCCUAAUGGGGCCAAUUUGACUGGUGGUGGUACUGGUACUGGAGAUAGCAAUACAAGUCCAACCAGUAUUUACACCCCAUUCAAGAGUGGAGUCGCUCAUAAUUUCCCUGAGGGUCUCCUUGUAGCACUUAUGGUUGCUAUUGGAUUCAGCUCAAUGAUGUUUUGAUUUUAAGUAAUUUAUCGUUUUGCAUCAUCGAUAUCUUUACUUUUUUGCAGAACUCACUCUGGACCUCUCUUUUAGUUGAUUCUUCACAGAUUCUUGAUUCUUCAUUUUUCUGAUUGUAGUUCUCUGUAAUCCUUUAUUCUCUGUCCUACCUUGCCCUUCUUUUUUGUUUGCUCUACAACUCUCCAACUUUUUUGGAAUCAUCAGAUCUAUUAAUAUAUAUCUAUCUAUCUAUCUCACUACUAUUCACCAUCACUUUUACUAACUUACAUGAUUGCAAUCGGAAUUUUGGAUAGAUAUGAAGAAACCAAAGUAUAAGACAUGAUACUUGCCCAUUGAAGAUUUGGACUUAUGUCAUUGCAUUUUGUCUUUGUUUGAUGUUUUUUUUGUCUGAUAUCCAUUGAACAUUUUCAUCUUUUUUCAAAAUUAAUGAAGAUUAUCUUUUUUUUGAAUUGGUC